AUGAAGAAAAUGAUGAAGGCAAAGAUGAAGAAAAUGAUAAAAGCAAAGGUGAAGAAAAUAAUGAAGGCGAAGGUGAAGAAAACAAUGAAUAUGAAAGCGAAGAUGAAAAUAUAUUUUCAAAAGGUGAGUUGGAUUCUGACAAUAAGCUAGGUGCUGAAAAUGUAGUGGAUCAUGAAGUGUUGGAUAUGGACACAAUAGAUAUCAAUGCAAUGAAUAUCAAUGAAGUAAUGUAA